AACAGAUUGGGUAGUGUCGUAAAUCCUCGUACCACAGCGCAUGCGUGAACAUUGUGAACGGAUUGUGUGCAGGUGGAACGGAUCGGGUACUGACAGCUACCCAUAAAAAUCUUUCGUGUUCGAGCCUUCAAGCGGGUUAAAGUCUCGAUAUUAUUCAUUACAUUUUUAUUUUAUACAUUUUAAGUUAUCCUUUUACGACGUUUUUGUUGUUGAUAUUCUUCCUCUCGUGUGUUGACCUGAAACCAUGGAGAAGCUGACCGGGUGUUGGCUGCUGUUGGCCGCGCUGAACUUCGCUCUAGCCCAGGACACCUCGACAUACUUCCGGGAUGGCGGGGAGCUAACGAUGGAUCUGAGGCCUCCUUCUUCUGAACCUCUCAACAACAUCCUGUGGAAGAUUAACGGUGACCUGGUAGCUGAGUGGAUCAAAGAUGCAGUUCCUUUGGCUUAUUACAGAACCUUUAAUGACCGCACAACCCUGGAUUUAACCACUGGACGUUUGGAAAUCAAACACAUGACUAAAAAUGACACUGGUGUGUAUUCAGUGGAAGUCAACAACAAGGUCCAGAAUGAGCGCUAUAACGCUUUAUUGAUCAAAGAAGUCCCCCAGCCUGAGGUAUGGAUCAGACCGUUGACAUGUUCACCUGCCUCGGACAACUGUACGCUGGUCUGUGACGGGAACAUCACCGAGCCAGCUGGACCGGUCACCUACAGCUGGAAGAAGGAUGGAGCAGAGUGGAAGGAGUCGGGAAAGAACUUGGUCAUCACCAAGAGUGGGACAUCAGAUGUGAAGACCUUCACCUGCCGGAUACAGAACCCAGUCAGCGUGAGAGACAGUAAACCCAGAGAUAACCCGCUCUUAGACAAGAAGCCAGGAAGCUCUGGAGCUGGGGCGCUUGUGGCUUGCAGCAUUGUGACCAUCGCUGUGGUUGUGGGUGCAGCUGUUGCAGGUCUGUGACACCAUCGUGGGACACACUUUCUCCUUCACACCACCUUGUCUGUUCCACAUUGUUGCAGAGGGACAUGUUUGAGGAGUACAAGGACACCUUUCCUGAAGAUGAAUUGAGCAGCACCAUGAAAGCAUACCCGAUGCUCAGUGGAAACAAGCUGAAGACAGUGCUCACAUAUUUCAUGACUUUGUGGUAAUGUCUGAAGGUCUAUCAUGGACUCUGUAACCUUGGUUACCUUGUUUCAAGCCAUUUGUGCCAGUUCUCAUUAAUAUUCAACGAGUUAAGCUGUUUGAAUCUGAAGGCUGAAGACAUUUCUUUUUGAUGUAGCCUCUAAUUUCUUAAACUGCACUUCAAAUUUUAUUCUCAUA